AAGUCAGAAAUAUUGUAGUUAGUGACCAGAAAUAUGAACAGACUACUUCUACUUGGAGGAGGUAUGCCUGGGCCUGGCCAGGGGCCACCUACAGAUGCUCCGGCAGUAGAUACAGCAGAACAAGUUUAUAUCUCUUCUUUGGCACUAUUGAAAAUGUUGAAGCAUGGUUGUGGGGGAGUUCCAAUGGAAGUUAUGGGUUUGAUGCUCAGAGAAUGUGUUGAUGAUUACACCGUCAGAGUGAUUGAUGUGUUUGCUAUGCCACAGUCAGGAACAGGUGUCAGUGUAGAGUCAGUGGAUCCAGUAUUCCAAGACAAAAUGUUGGAUAUGCUGAAGCAGAUGGGAAGGCCUGAAAUGGUUGUUGGUUGGUAUCACAGUCACCCUGGCUUUGGCUGUUGGCUUUCUGGUGUGGAUAUCAACACUCAGCAGAGCUCUGAAGCCUUGUCGGAAAGAGCUGUAGCAGUCGUAGUCGAUCCCAUUCAGAGUGUCAAAGGAAAGAUUGUUAUUGAUGCCUUCAGACUGAUCAAUGCUAAUAUGAUGGUCUUGGGACAUGAACCUAGACAAACAACUUCAAAUCUGGGUCUUAAGCCAUCUAUCCAGGCUUUAAUUCAUGGACUGAACAGACAUUGUUACUCCAUUACUAUCAACUAUAGAAAGAAUGAGCUAGAACAGAAGAUGUUGCUAAAUUUGCAUAAGAAGAGUUGGAUGGAAGGUUUGACACUUCAGGACUACAGUGAACAUUGUAAACUCAAUGAAUCUGUAGUAAAGGAGAUGUUGGAAUUAGCUAAGAAUUAUAAUAAGGCAGUAGAAGAAGAUAAGAUGACACCUGAACAGCUGGCAAUAAAGAACGUCGGCAAGCAGGACCCAAAGCGUCAUUUGGAAGAACAUGUGGAUGUUCUUAUGACCUCAAAUAUUGUCCAGUGUUUAGCAGCUAUGUUAGAUACUGUUAUAUUCAAAUAA